ACAAACAUUCUCAUCAGUGAUGCUGGUACUGCCGUCAUCACAGACUUUGGACUUUCCACGGUCAUUGAGGAGCUGUCACUUAUGGAGUCCGGUUUGCAAGCUGCGAAGCUAAGAUCGUCUGGGCACCGUGGUUCAACGCGUUGGAUGGCGCCUGAACUGUUUAUUGCACUCGUCGACGAUGAGGUUCCACAAAUCACAACCGAAAGUGACGUCUACUCCUUUGGAUGCGUAUGUCUGGAGGUGGCUACUGGAUACCCGCCAUAUGCUCACCGGUGGAACGACCCCGCUGUGACCGUUGACAUAAUGCGAGGCGUCAAACCAUCCAGGGGUGCACCGACGACAUGCAAGAUCGUGUUCACUGAGAAACAGAAGGAGGAGUUCUGGGAGAUCCUGAACCAGUGUUGGGAUCCUAUCCCCAUGCUCCGACCAAGUAUGGCUUCAGUGAGGGAGGCACUU